CAAGACUGGGAAGAAGGACGAAUCAAGCCCAGACGGUGGUGGAAAGGUGACGGAGCAUCUGGGCUUCCCAAUUUCCUUCUCUCCCCCUUACUGGGCCGGGGUCCCUUUGCAGCUGGGAGCUAGGAUCUCCAUUUGCCUGUCUUUUGGAGGAAGAGGCUGGGGGAAGCAUCUGAACAUGUGGAAUCCCAACGCUGGGCAGCCAGGGCCAAAUCCAUAUCCCCCCAACAUCGGGUCCCCUGGAUGCUCCAAUCCUGCCCAUCCACCACCUGUCAAUCCAGCCUGUCCUCCGGGCCCCUUUUCUUCUCCCCCAGGAGUUCCCCAGGGAAAUCCUGUUUUCCCCCCAGGUGGGCCCCCUCAUUCUGUGCCACAGCCAGGGUAUCCAGGAUGGCAACCCUCACGUCCCUACCCUCCUCCAUACCCACCACCUGCCCCUGGCAUACCUCCUGUGAAUCCCUUGGCUCCUGGCAUGUUAGGACCAGGAAUGAUGGUGGACAAGAAGACACAGAAGAAAAUGAAGAAAGCUCAUAAGAAGAUGCACAAACACCACAAGCACGGCAAGCAUUCCUCCUCCUCUUCCUCCUCUUCCAGCAGUGACUCUGACUGAAUACAGGGCCUGGACCCUUCCCUCAAGUCUCACCAGUUCUGCUGUCCCAUCAAGCUUCAGAUGCCAUGUUGUACUGGUGGAAAUUAGCCCUUGUGUACCCCCUCACCCGACCCCCACCUGAGCCUUACUUUGCUGUUCAGCCCUGACUGGCUAGGGAAAAUGGGAAGAGGAUUGCCAUGGGCUAGCAAAGGCCGUCUUCUUGCUGCUUGGAUAGAUAUUACAGCUGAUGAGUUUAGCAGG